AUUUUGGCAUUACCUCGGUUUACAAACAUUCCUUUAAUAAGCCAUUGAGGGGAACUACAAUGCUAGCUACCUAGCUACAGUCUCUGAUACAUUGCUACUCAGAAGGCUAAUCUUGUUGCUUGGUUUCCUAAGAUAGUUAAUAUAGCUCACUAGCUAGGCUACAUUACUGUUGUUGUUAGCCCUACUAGCUAGCUAGCCUUCCAUGAGAAUGCCAGUGCAGUUGAGUACCAGCAGACAUCAGUGAUGCAGAUAUCAUUACCCGGACGCUUAUUCGAUUCUUAUAUUUGUUGUGAAAAAGUAUCUAUUUAUAACGGCGAUUACGCAACUAGACAGCUAACCGUAACGAAUCUUUACUCAAACUGAGACAUGUUGUGCUAGUAAUGUUAGCAGCUAGCUGGUUAUUUGUCGCGGGUUAUUGCUUUGAUCCCUGGCGUAUCCUUAGGUCGGCUUUGGCUUUGUGUUCUGUUUUGGAUGGUUGCUUUUUGUCUUUGCCUAUUUUAGAUAUAUUCGUUGGUCUAAUAAGUACUUAACUAAGAUUUUCUUUGAUAACCGUUAGCUCUCGUGUGUUAUUACUGGCUCUUCUGUUGCGUCCCGGGAAAAUAACGUUGCUGUCAUUUUCUUUGCGAGAGGAGAGGGAGGGACUGGUCGCCUGAAUUUGGACGCCAUCCUCUUGGCGCAAAAAGGCGCACUUCUUUUGAAAGAGAAAAAUACCUAACUGAGGAACCGUAUCCCAAGACACUAAUGCAGACCUAAGAGGGAAGUGAAAGUACUGCAGGAUCAUGAGAAAACCUGUGCCUCCGAAAGCUAUUGAGUGGAAAGAUGGCAGGCGAAUCAAACAUGCCCGGAGUGGAAGGCCGUCACGCGUUCCUUCACAGUAUCAAGGGCACUUUAGUUGGGAGAAGUAUUUGAAAGAAACAGGUGCCAUAGCUGCCCCUGCCCACUGUUUCAAACAGAGCACUACACCUCCAGUGAAUGAGUUCAAGGCAGGGAUGAAGCUGGAGGCCCAGGACCCCAGGAAUACCACGUCCACCUGCAUCGCCACCGUAGUGGGGCUGACUGGCUCACGCCUACGCCUGCGUCUCGACGGCAGUGACAACAAGAACGACUUCUGGCGCUUGGUUGACUCGUCUGAGAUCCAGCCCAUUGGCAACUGUGAGAAGAAUGGGGGCAUGUUGCAGCCACCUCUGGGGUUCCGCCUGAAUGCAUCAUCCUGGCCCAUGUUCUUACUAAAAACGCUUAAUGGUGCUGAGAUGGCCCCAGCACGCAUCUUUCACAAGCAGGAGCCUCCCUCACCGGAGCAGAACUGUUUCCAGGUGGGGAUGAAGCUGGAGGCAGUGGACAGGAAGAACCCGCACUUCAUCUGCCCUGCCACAGUGGGGGCCCUGCGGGGUGUGGAGGUGCUGGUCACCUUCGACGGCUGGAGGGGCGCUUUUGACUACUACUGCCGCUACGACUCCAGAGACAUCUUCCCUGUCGGCUGGUGUGCGCUCACUGGAGACAACCUGCAGCCCCCCGGCACCAAAGUGGGGUUACUGAAGCCACCGCUGGGUACCCUAGGUACCCUGCCAGACGGCAGUGUGGAGGGCACAGGCAUGCACCCUACGUCCGGCAGGCCUCCAGCCCAGAAGGGACGCAAGCCAGGCCGCAAAAGAAGAAAGUUGGCCAUUCCCUGGAGCCAGAAGGGCACCACAGCCAUCAUGGAGCCCCACGUAGAGCAGCCUGGAAAAGGACUAGAACCUGUAAAAAUCCCUAAGAAGAGAGGCCCUAAGCCUGGGAGCAAGCUCGGCUGGGCUAAACGUGCUGCUUGGCUGGAAGGAGCAAUGGCAGGUCCUGGCAGACCCCGAGGUCGACUGCCUGCCAACUGGGCUCAGAGCCAAACGGAACCCAUCAAGAUCCCAAAGAAGAGAGGCCCUAAACCUGGCAGCAAGAGGAAACCGCGUGUGAUGCCUGACCCUGUGCCCACCUCCCCCACCAGCAGCACUCCAGAGCCAGACACCAGCUCCGUGCCACUGGACAAUGCCACUAUCCCCAGCGCUGCCUUGCAGGCUCCCACAGUGUGUGUGUACCUCAACAAGCACGGGAAGGUGGGUCCUCACCUGGACUCACGGCGGGUGCAGGCUUUGCCGGACCACUUUGGGCCGGGGCGGGCCUCUUCAGUGCUGCAGCAGUGUGUGCAGGCCUGCGUGGACUCUGCCCACAACCAGAGCACCGUCUUCUCCUGCCUCAAACCAGGCCAUGGUGGAGAGAUCAUCUCAGCGCACUUUGAGCAGAAGCAGCACACCCUGACCCUUCCAGCAGUGAACAGCGUAACAUACGUGCUGCGCUUCCUAGAGAAGCUCUGUCACAACUUGCACUGUGACCCGCUUUUCGGCAGCCAGCCUGUGUCUCAGGGAGGGGUGCACUAUGAAAGCCAUGCGCAUGCAGAGAGGAGGAGCUUCGCAGAGUGCCCUAGUUCAGGACCAGGGCGAGGCACUAAGAGAUUCAUCCAGGACUCCUGCAGCAACAGCCCAUUGCCCCACAAAAUGGCCAGAAGCCAUCGCCUCUCCUCUGAAGCAGAGCCAUUUCUGUUGGAGAAUGGAGGCACAGAGCACUUGGAGAAAACCCCCCUGUCACCUAGUAAGAGUCUGGGUCUGCACCCUCAUACACAGGGCUGCCGCUCACCUGGCCAGCUGCAUCGCUUAGGCUCUGCAGGUUCAGAGCGCUUCCUGAACACCAGGGACAGUCCCCGGCCAAGUGGCCACGACCCAAACCUGUGGACAGUGGAGGACGUCAUGCAGUUUAUCAGAGAUGUGGACCCUCAGCUGGGCCCACACGCAGACCUCUUCAGGAAGCAUGAAAUUGAUGGGAAGGCUCUCCUCUUGCUGCGCAGCGACAUGAUGAUGAAAUACAUGGGCCUGAAACUUGGCCCCGCCCUCAAGCUCACCUUUCACAUCGACAGACUUAAGCAGGGGCGCUGAUCCACCUUGCACAUCGACAGACUCAAGCAGGGGGCGCUGAUCUUGAAAGGCAGAGCUGUCUUCUGACACCCCCUUUUACUCCUACCAAGCACCCCUUCCAAGAGAAGGCUUAUGCCUACUAAAGCAUACUGUAGCAGUGGCCUUCACUGGCCAUUUCUCAACAUGUGUCGCUUCAUCUGAUGUGACCUGUUCAUUUCUCUUUGUCCUCAUCCUUUGUGGUACUCAUUACACAGUGUAGCACAGACUGCCCAGGUUCCAUGAUCAGGACUGUUGAUUCACACACAAUUCUCUCCAAGGUGUUUAUAUACAUCUGGAAUGUAUUGUGUGUUCUUGUCUCUGCCUUAGGUUGCAGGUUCAGGAGACAUGUGGACUAUAUCCAGGUCAUUUCUAGGCCUUGGCUUUUAAGACAUCUUUAUUUUUUCCCCAUGCAUUUUAUAGCCCCAAUCAAUAAGGGCUUGGACAUGUUUUUGUAAACUUCAGGUAAACACUAGAUCUCUCCUUUGGGAUUGGUUCUGAUUGAUGUCUCCUUCAGAGACAUUUUGUUGUACCUAAUACUGUACUUUAUACAUAACACCUAACCUGCAGUUAUUUCCAUGAUAAAGUUUGUGUUUUGUAUUGUUUUAAUGUUUACUCUGUGUGUGUUAUUUGUACUUUUUUAUUUUAUUUUUACACAAUAUUGUUAAAGAGUUCAUACAUUCUGAGCGUUAUACUCAGUAAGGCUCAAAUAAAAUAAAUCUUCUGUAGACUUUC